CCUCAGACAUCCAGUCACUUAACCAGACAGUAAGAGCACCUGAGAGGACAUCGAAAAUGUCUGGCGUUGCAGCUAAACUUCAGCACAACCGGGACAAAUCACAAGGCAUUGGAAAGAACUCGAAUGCAGUGCCAUACUUAAACCAGAACUACAAGUCUCUGAAGCAAAGCUGCCUGCAGAGACGACGUCUAUUUGAGGAUGAAAGCUUUGAGCCACUUCCGGCAUCUUUGGGCUUCAAUGAACUUGGACCCAGUUCCUAUAAAGUACGAGGCAUCAAAUGGUUGAGACCAAAGGAUAUUGUAUCGAAUCCCAAAUUUAUCAAGCAAGAUGCUACCAGGACUGACAUAUGUCAGGGAGCACUUGGUGACUGCUGGCUCCUAGCAGCUAUUGCCUCCUUGACACUCAACAAGCAGAUUUUGUCCCGCGUUGUACCGCAUGACCAAAGUUUUGAAGAGGACUAUGCUGGAAUCUUUCAUUUUGAGUUCUGGCAGUUUGGCGACUGGGUGGAUGUGGUGGUUGAUGACCGCUUGCCCACCAGAGAUGGAGAACUGCUGUUUGUCCACUCAGAAGACGGAUCUGAGUUCUGGAGUGCCCUGCUGGAGAAAGCCUACGCCAAGUUAAAUGGAUGCUAUGAGGCCCUCUCUGGAGGGACCACCACUGAGGGGUUCGAGGACUUCACUGGCGGCAUUGCUGAGAGACAUGAACUCUCCAAGCCUGAUCCUCACCUCUUUAAUAUCAUCAGGAAGGCCCUGGACAGAGGCUCCCUUCUGGGAUGCUCCAUUGAUAUCACCAGUGCAGCUGACUCUGAAGCUGUCACAUAUCGCAAGCUGGUGAAGGGUCACGCCUACUCGGUGACAGGAGCUGAGCAGGUGAAGUACAGAGGAGGCAUGGAAAAGCUGAUCAGAAUUCGAAAUCCAUGGGGUCAGGUGGAGUGGAAUGGAGACUGGAGUGACAAGUCCUCUGUGUGGAGAUCUAUAAGCGAUGAGGACCGCCAGAGGUUGACCAACCGCAGAGAAGAUGGGGAGUUCUGGAUGUCAUUUUCUGACUUCCUGAGAGAAUAUUCCCGGCUGGAGAUCUGUAACCUCACACCUGAUGCCCUAACAUCGGAGUACAGGAAGUGGGCGGAGAUAGAGUUUGAAGAAACGUGGAGAAUCGGAGUUUCUGCCGGUGGCUGCAGAAACUACCCAAAUACCUUCUGGACAAAUCCUCAGUUUGUCAUAAAACUAGACGAGAUGGAUGAUGACCCCUAUGACGGAAAGGACGGCUGCACAUUCAUUGUGGGUUUGAUGCAGAAGGACAAGCGCCGCAGGAGAAAAAUGGGGGAGGACAUGGAAACCAUUGGCUUCCUCAUGUAUGAGCUCCCUAAGGAGUACUGGGGCGCCAAGCAAGUGCACCUGAAGAAAAAUUUCUUCUUGGCUAAUCGCUCAGCUGCGCGCUCUGAGACCUUCAUCAAUCUCCGGGAGGUGUGCAGCCGUCAUCAUCUACCCCCCGGGGAAUACCUCAUCGUUCCCUCCACCUUUGAGCCCAACAAGAACGGAGACUUUUACAUAAGGGUGUUCUCUGAGAAACCGGCGAACUUUCAGGAGAUUGACGAUCCAGUUGACUGCCAUGUUGAACAGAUUGAUAUCGAUGAAAGCGAUAUUGAUGACAGGUUCAAGAGACUGUUUGGACAGCUGGCCGGACAUGAUGUGGAGAUUUCUGCCUUUGAGUUGCAGAGAAUCCUCAACAAAGUGGUGGGAAAGCGCGGAGACAUCAAAACUGACGGGUUCAGCCUGACUACGUGCCGCAACAUGGUCAAUCUGCUUGAUAAAGAUGGAAGCGGCAAACUAGGACUGGUGGAGUUUAAGAUUCUGUGGACCAAGAUUGAAAAGUUUUUGGACAUUUACCGGGAAAAAGAUGCUGACAAUAGCGGAUGCAUGAGCUCUGCCGAAAUGCGGUCAGCUGUGGAAGUCGCUGGUUUCUCACUCAACAACGCCUUGCACCAGAUCAUUGUUGCUCGCUACAGGGAACCAAACUACACCAUAGACUUUGACAACUUUGUGUGCUGCCUAAUCCGCUUAGAGUCGCUUUUCCAUGCAUUCAAAUCCAUAGACAGCGGUUCUGGUGUGAUAGAAUUGAAUUACUUUCAGUGGCUGGAAUUAUCCAUGUUGUAGAGGAGCUGCUCAGACUGAAGAUACAAAAAAAAAAAAAUGAAUGAAAAGAAUCACCACCACCACCAGCAGCUGCUCUUUAAGUUGGAGUUUGCAGUUUUAAAACCACUAGGAAAACUCGAAUGUAUCCUGCAUCCAGGUUAUUUUUCGGUGUCUGUGUCACGAGCGCGAUUCUCACACUUGCUCGUUCAUCAUGGCAUGCACUGAUGAAAAUGCAGUUGUGAUGGACAAAAUGGCCGCGCUCAUACUCAGCAAACAUUAGCACUGUAAAUAAGCCAACGUUAACCACGACUGCUACAUUGGUAGCAAUACUUAUUCAUAUUCAUUAUUAAAAUUAGAACACUUAAUGUUGUCCUUUUGAAAGUGUAUUGUUAGGAAUUAAUGAAAAAUUAAUUACAAAUCAAAAACGAGUUAAAGAUUACCUGUCCAACAGCAACGUUGCUAUUUUGGCGCUUCUUCAGAAUCCUGCCUGAGGUUCCUUGAGGACCCUUGUUUUGGCUCGUCUCAUCUGUACUUGUUAGAAAAUAAGGGAUGGGCCUUUUUUUUCCUUUUAUAAUUUCUCAGAGGUGGAUAUUUCCCCAUAGUUUCAGCAAAGCUCUUAAAGCCCCAGCUAAUAGACCAGAAUGAGUCUGCGGGGGUGUGCCGGAGAGUAGCAAAAAACGUGGCGCAAGUGGACGUCAAAUGAUUGACACUUUGUCCUAUAGGUGACGACGUCUGUCUCACGUUGGUGGUUCUUCCUUCGGUGUAGUUGUUUCAGAUGAAAUAGGUAUAAGAUGGGGUCAGAUAGUGAUUAUUAUUAUACUUUUUUUCCACAGAUCACUUUUUACUAAUACAAUAUUGUCCAGCUGAAACCGACAGUUUUAACAAAUAUAACUGAAAGGUUGAAACAAAUAUGGCAAGGAUUUUUUUUUAACUGCAGACUACCCCUUUUAAUGAAUAUUUGGUUUGUUUUUGAAUCCAUUAUCCUUUGGAUAUGGUUUGUGACUUAAUUUGAGAGAACAUUAUUAGUUACUCUACAAAGUACGCAAUGUACCACAAUAUUAUUCCGUUUAUUCAAUAAAGAUAUUUUGAGAGCUUCA